GUUACGUCCACACGCUUGUCGGUUGUGCAUGUCGUUGCGCGUGUUGCUCGUCCGGACUGUCCGUAAUCGUGAAAUUUGCCGCGUACGAAAUAAAAAAAAACAAUUAAUGAAUUAGAUUAUUGCGCGAUAUUUACAAUAAUUUAUCGUACACGAUUGAGCGUUCGAUCAACGACGAAAUGUGAACGAUUUGUCCGCCGCCGUCACUGUUUUAUUUUCCUUCUCUGUGCUCGUUUUGGUUAGGUUGGCAUGCGAAAUUUUAUGUGCGACUGCGGUGACGUCCCAGGUUAUCGCUAAAAAGCAGCAGCGGCACCUCUGUGUGAGGUAUAACGACGACGGCGCCCCCGACACUCACAUACACCGAGGCCAGCGUAGUUCGGCGCACAAAAUGAGUCUGUUCAACACGUCGUACCUGAUGGGCAACGACACGACGGGCGGAUGGGGUCCCAGGUACUUUUUCACGUUCUAUUCGGAGUUCGGCGACGAGCAGGCCGAGUCGGCGGUCGAGGUGAUAGUGUUCAUGGUGAUAUUCGCCGCGUCCGUCGUGGCCAACGUGUCCAUUGCCUGGGCCGUGCUCAGGUACCGUGAGAUGCGCACCGUCACCAACUGCUUCCUGCUCAACCUCACCGUAGCUGACCUGCUGUUCGCCGUCACCACGCCGGCGCUAGCCUACGUCCGAGUCCGGCCCGACUGGCCGUUCGGCGAUUUCGUAUGCCGGUUGUUGCCUUACUCGCAGUUUGUCUGUGGUUUCGUGCUGCUGUGGACGCUGACGCUGAUCAGCAUGGACCGGCACCGGUGCAUCGUCGUGCCGCCGUACCGUUCGCAGCUGACGCCCCGCCGGGCCACCGUGCUCACCGUGCUCACGUGGCUGAUCGCGCUGGUGGUGUUCAUGCCAGUGCCGUUCUGGUUCCACGAGCAGGCCGUGAUGGGGGACGGCGCCGCGGUGAACGUGUGCACGCUGGUGUUCCCCAAGAACGACACGUUCAGAAUGUCCAUCGUGUUCACCGUGUCCGUGGUGUCGCUGUCCUGCGUCCUGCCGCUAUCGCUGUUCGUCUACCACUACCAGCGGAUAUUUCACAAGCUGAACAAGACCCGACGGCGGAUCGAGCACUCCGUCUCGCACCGGUCCGCCGCCGCCGUCCACACCACGUCCCGGAACAGCCUGUCGCCGCCCACCAACGGUUCCACGCCACAGGUGUUGGUGCGGCACGAAGAGCUCCGGUACAGGAAACACGUGCGCGUGGUGCGCGUGCUGCUGAUCAACGUGAUCGUGGUGCUGGUGAUGUGGCUGCCGAUCACCGUGGUGAUGUGCCUCAUCUACGUGGACGGCAGCCGGGACACGGAGGACACGGGCUACUUCCUGCGGUCGCACCACUUCAUCAUGGGCCUGCUGUUCGCCCUGCUCAACACGGUCGUCAACCCGAUCCUGUACGGCGUGCUGUCCGAGAACUUCCGCAAGUGCUUCGCCCGGCUGUGGUUCAUAUCGAAGCGCCGGCGGGCCAUGCACAGGGAACUGCUGGACAACGCCAGCAAGGGCGGCGCCCGGACGCCCAGCAACGGCCACUACAACUCGACGCUGCAGCCGGGCAGCUCGGCGUCCGUGGUCGAGCUUCCGGUCACCGCGAUCGUGUCGUCGUCCGCCACCAACGAGUGUUGGUGAUGGGAGGGGGCACCGGCGAGGGCGCGGAACGCGUCGGUCGACGGCCACGCGGUCGCUAUUUUUUGAAACGUAAAUCAUUAUUAUUAUUAUUAUUAUUAUUAUUCUCUGCAACAUCGUCAAGCGUUCCCCCAAACGUUAUGAUUUAUAUAUUUAUAUAGGUGACAUACAACUCCUGUACAACCCCCCCCCCUUUGCUAUAAUCGUACGGUCGACGUCGAUAAAUGCUCUUAGACUCGUCGGCCGUGUCGUCUUGUCGGGGCGGUACGCGCGUGGGUGUUUAAGGACCGUUCGAUUGCGAGGGGGCAUGCGUACCUACGACGUGUUUGCGGCGCGAAUCGCACGGGCGCUGCGAUAAGGGUGCCCAAAUUCAAUGCCGAGCCCGUAGCACCCCGAAUUCCGUGGUUGUCUUGAAAAAAUUGUAAUGAUCGAGACAGACCAUAUCGGACUCCUAGAGAAACUAUUUUAAAUAGACGAUAUAUAAUAUACGAUGAAAACGAGCGUGCGUUGUCGACGAACGACUUAUUAUACUGUUAGUACCUACCUUUAACGACAUUAUUACAUAUUAAAGAAUACGAAUAAUUUGUUUUGCAUAAAAUAUUGUCAGCUUAUAUUAUAAUCAUUAAUGGAUUCGAAUUAAUAAUUAAUCGAUUUAAGAGAUAUCAAACGUACCUAUGCAAUGGACAGGUUUCCUCGAAAAUAUAUAUUUGGUACUUAAGCCUUCAAAUAUAUUUUUGGAUGAUUUGUACCUUCAGUAUAUGGGUAUAUGCGUACAUAAUGUAUUAUGUUCUAUGCACCAUUUUACCUCUCACUUCUCAGCCCUAUCACUAAUUCAGCGCAUAUCUAUAUGCAUAUAAUAUGCGUGUGGAUUAGGUCGAGUUCAUGUCAAGAUGAUUUCCGACUUAACCCGAUCACAAGAUAUAUUAUGGAUCAUAACGAUAUGUACAUAAGGCGGUUACCGAUAAACGGCCCCGAGUAUAAUCAAAAACAACCACCCUCCCACCGAUCCCACCCUGAAAGCACGCCAUGACAUCGGAUGAUCUCACUAUAAUAAUUUAAUGUUAUGAUAAUAUUAUUGUUAUGUAAAUAUUACUAUUUAUUAUAAAUACUAUAUAGACUUAUCUUAUACAUACCUUUACAGUAUAUACUAUGUUAUACAAUAAUUUAGUAGGUACAUGAUAAAUGUAUUAGUAGAUAUAUGUAUUAUAUACCUACCCGUUAUUCGUCAUACGUUUAUUAACUGAUGUUAUUACUGUUGUCCUAUUGAUGUAUUGUAUCGUAUAUUUUU